AUGGAUUCCAAGUCGCGCGAGCAGAUGGAGCGGAUUCUCAAUGGGCCUGCUCUCACGCCGCCGCCGGGCCAUACGCCACAAAUCGAUAACCCGCCGAAUAUGAACUACAUCACCCAUGCUGCAGUAGCGAUUUGUCUCGUGGCGUCUGCUGUCUCAAUGGCGUUGCGCCUGACAGCACGAUGGAAGCUGCUCCAUCUUGCUGAUUUUCAUAACCCCGGAACCUUUGUACACCAGUACGAUAUCCGUGUUCGAGACAUGGUCAACUUCACAUUACCAAAGCCGAUAUUCAUCAUGACUCACGUAUAUGUCUCUGCAGUAGCCUUGAUCAAAACUGCCAUCAUCCUGGAAUGGAUGCGGAUAUUCAGUACGGCCGCUCGGGAUUGGUACUUUUGGCUGAGCCAUUUCAUUAUAUGGACCAAUCUUAUCUGGGCCUGCGUGGCUCUCAUCCUCCUCAACGUCUCCAUGGCUCCUCACCAAGCUAUCUGGAACCCGGCUGUGCCUCCGACUGCCCAUCGGGCCAAUACAAGGCAGACCAAUCUGGUCACUGCCUCGCUCAACUUCGUCUACGACUUGCUGAUCCUCCUGUUGCCUCAGCAGAGGAUCUGGUCGCUCCACCUCAAGAGGUCCAAGAAGCUGGGAAUAUCCGUCGUCUUCGCCUUUGGUUUCUUGUAUGCCGAUCAACUACCUGCGCAACUUGGUGUUCCAGUGACUAACUCGCGCGCAUGUUUUAGUGCCAUUGCUGCCGCUGCUGCCCGUCUAGACGCGACAAUCACGGUCAAGGCAAACCCAGACUUCACCUAUAGCUACUCACGGUUAGGCCUCUGGACCUAUGCAGAGACGACGUGCGGGUACCUGGUGUUUUGCAUUCCCACCAUGCCAAAGGCCAUCGACAAGCUGCACCCGGGCCUCAUAUUCUCCUCCUUCAGGUCAUGGGGCAGUGCCUCGGCACGUUGGCUGCGUGCACCUCGUACCAGCAAGUCUUCUGGAUCUGGAACACGGCAACUGUCGCACCCCAGCAAAUACAACAAGUUUGACGAGGAUCAGUCGCCCAUCAUUGAGCUUGGCCAGCCACGUAGGAGUAGGGCUAGCGAUUCCAAGUCCCAAGAUGUUGACACCGAUGUGGAGAUGGGCAGAUUUCAUCACGGCCAGCGUCAUUGA